CUUACCGUCAGCUACUUUCUCAUCUCAUUCAAUGUGUAUAGAUGAGGAACGUCGGAAGUUCCUUAAAUGGAUGAACCCUGGGUCUUGUAUUGAGAAGCACAAUGCCUCUUCUCGUCAACGCAACCCCAAGAUCGGUCAUUGGAUUUUCGACGCCAAAGAGUAUAAGGACUGGAAUAAUUCGGAUUACGCGUUUCUAUGGUUGAAUGGCCAGCCUGGACAUGGAAAGACAAUCCUAGCUUCUUCCAUUAUCAACAAAAUUCGGGAUAGCGGUAAAAAAGAGCCACAGACGCUCAGUUACUUCUAUUGCAAUUUUCAAGACGACAGGACAACAAACGCGGCUGCAGUAUUCCGCUCCUUGAUUGUUCAGCUACUUCAACAAUCUGAGCGCGACUGGAUCACACAGAUAGACAAGCAGCAAGAAUCGAAACCAAAAGGGGGCCUUGUUUCUCUGCGAAAACUCUGGCAGCAAAACUAUGAUGCAAAGCCUCAUCCCACAGAUCUGGAGUUGCUACGAAAGCUUCUUGUUGAAGCGUCUGCACUAGUUUAUCGACCGGUCCUCGUGAUUGACGCCUUGGACGAAUGCAAGGACUACCCCGACCUGAUCAGACAUCUUGAAAAACUUCCUGAAGAUGCUCGACUACGGCUUUUCGUCACCAGUAGAAGCAUGCCAGACGUCCAAGACGCCUUUCAUGACCUCUUCAAAUUGUCGCUGAAGGACAACGCAGGACAAAUGGAAGACAUGCGCAUGCACAUUAAGGGGCAGCUAGAGAAUCAGAAGCAUUUGUCACAGCUAUCCGACGCGCUGAAGAAGACAAUUUUGAAGAAAUUGUUGGAAAAGGCCGAGGGCAUGUUUCGCUGGGUUCAGUGUCAACUGGACGAAAUCGUGGCUUACAACAAACUUGUCGAUAUUGAGGCAACCCUCGAUAACGUUCCAGCUGGACUUUACGAGACGUAUGAUAGGAUUAUUCAGGCUAUCAAACAGAGAGGGCCAAGGGAUGACCAAAUUGCUCACAGUUGUUUGCUUUGGCUGGCCGGCGUGUUCACCCCGUUGACACUUGAUCAGCUCAAGGAAGCGAUGAUGAUUGAAGUCGGACAAUCAGAGCUUAAUCCGGACCUUGGCGUUAUGAACCCUAUGGAUAUCUUGGCUGCAUGCGGAAGCCUCGUGGACUACAAUGAGAAAACUAGGGUCGUUACUCUAUUUCAUAAUAGUGUCAAAGAAUACUUGAUCACCCGCCCUAAUAGCAUCUUCAAAUCGAUCUCAGACAUGCACACACGGAUCUGCAAGCUCUUGAUUACGUAUGUGUUAUACGACUUUGUCUUUGUGGAUGAGAUAUGUGCAAAAGCUAUACGACGCCGUUCACAAUCGUCACCUCGUGACGGUGUCAGCGAAGACCAUCCGUUGCUGAGCUAUGCAAUUCAAGGAUGGAAGCACCUUAGUCAUGUUUCGGAUGAAGAUCCUGGCGUUAUGACCGCCCUAUCACGACUGAACUCAAAGUUUCUUCGAAACAAUGAGAAACAUCCUGUGCUUGCUCCAGGCGAAUUUGAGUAUAAACCUAGGGGAUUAGAUGUCGCUGUAACUUCGCCCUCACUUCUAUUCAUCCUGCUUGAGCAUGGCAAGCCGUGGAUGGUCGAACCUUUCGUCGAGCAGUGCCCACAUCUACUGCACAUGAAUAUUGCCCCUGAUUGGGGUUCUCCCUUGAUUUUCGUCAUAGCCAAGAACCCUGACUGCCUCAGUAUUCUCCUGAAGUUCGGCGUCGAUCUCAAGAAGUCUUCUUCGUUCAAACCUGGUUUAUAUGGCCAAUAUACUUGUAGCAGCUCCCAUACGCCAAUUUCGUGGGCAGCUGUGACUGGAAGCGAAGUCGCCGUGGAUUUCUUGCUGUCACGGACGGAGGUCAAGCUACCUGACGAUAUUAUGUACAUGGCUGUGAAGGUGGACAAACCGUCGCACGAAUCUAUCCGCAAAUUUCGUGAACGCGGUGCGAAUGUCGAUUUCAAAGUCAAUGGUUCUACCCCUAUUCAUCAUUUCCUCUCCACACAUGGGUCAUCCAAUGACGAAAGCCAAUUGCUACCCGUCGUAAAAGCGCUCGUUGAACCGUCUUGUAAUCUUUCUUUGCAGGACCGGACUGCUAGAACAGUGCUACACAUUGCUCUUGAUGCGCGUCUGGAAAAGAUUGUCGCAUACCUUCUCCAGCAAAACGCAGGACUGUCAGCAACGGCGGCUCUCGAUCCAGACAUGUGGAGAUGGGCUACGAAUAAGACGUGGUUUCCCAACUUGGUUCGAGCAGCGGCUCUUGCUGCUGAUCAGCUGCACACCAGAAUUAUGGGGAAUGUUGUUCAUGAGACAACGGAGUCGAAACGCAUCAAGUUUUCAGUUGCAGCCACUGCCGACCGCAACAACGCUGAUCCAGUUUGUGCUAUCGUUAUUUCAGCCAUAUUCAAUAGCGAACUGUCAACGCCAACCUUCCAUAUUGUGAUCAGUCACUUCAAAAGGUCCAAGACUUCCCGAAAGAUGAUUCCCCCAGACUCGAGUUCAGAUUUACAUGGCAGAGAGGGCAGCGUGUGUCUAGUCGCUUGUUCGACUACUAUCAGGGAGAUAAAGUUACCAGGAUGCUACAGCAGUUAAGGAAAGGCAAAGACCCGACUGGCACCUCCCUUUUUCUUCAGAUGUCCAAAAACAAGUGGAACACCAAAGUCUUUGAACUUGGGAUCGGGUUCACGCUUGAUAUCUACAGAGGUCCUUUACCCCCGACUCGCAGGAGGGCUUUCACGGUGAUGAGCGAUGAUC